AAACCGAGCAAUCUCAUUGGUAGGAGACUGAAUUGUCUCAACUGGGGGGCGGGCUGUGAGAUGCCAGUUCCGCCCUUCGUACACAGCCCAGCUAGGGACUCGCUGAGGAGCAGGCUGGGAAUUGUCCCCUGCUGCUCCCUGUAACUCCCUUCUACUGUGUCCCUGACAUUCCCAUCCCCUGUACUCACAUCUCCAGCCUCAUCUACUGGAGCACAAGCGAGAGAGGACAUCAUUCUAUUGGUCAGUCACCUGUUGGGCUGUUAAUGACACUGCUGUCCCACGCCCUCCCGUGUUGUCUUCUCCUCUCACAUUGUCUUCUCCUCCCGCGUUGUUCAAACUUUCUGCAUCGAGGGCCAGAUUCGGCUCCAGGGCAGCCCCCGGCGAGAACUAGCGCCUUAUCCAGUGACAUCAUGGCGUCACUCGCAGAUGCUAACGUGCGAUUACGUCAUUGCGUGCAGCCGCCAUGGGAAUAAGAUAGAAGGCUCUGCUCUGUACUCCCAUUUUCGGGAGUGGAAAAAAUACCAGAUCCUGUGUCGGGGUAGCCCGUGGACCGGACUUUGGACAUGUCUGCCUUAAGAGAUCCUGCCUCAACUAUAUACAGAUGCCCAGUAGUGAUGUGCGGGUUGAGGAAAACUCCAUGUGUGGAUCCACACCGACCUGCCCAGCCAAUGAUGUCACAAAAGGGGCGGAGCAGGAUCGUCUAUAAAACCGGAAGCGGACAGUGUAAGGUCACAUGUGGGGAGAGCAUGCAGAAGAACACAACCCGACCCGCAAAUGGUGCAGCGAGGACUGCCGACCCAUGAGUAUCAGGCUUGUCUGUACAUCACUAAUGCCCAGCACUGUACUGUGUAUUGAGGCAAACACUGCCUUCCUAUAGGUCAAAUGCCGUCACAUGCUCCUCCAGCAAUGGUGCCCCUGUGUUUGUGGGAACAAGACAAGGUUUCCCAGAGCCGGAGCCAGAGAUAUUACGGGUUAAAAUCGAGGAGGAAGAACUGGACUUUGUAGAGCCGCUACACCAGAUGGAACGGACAUCGAGCAGAUUUACAAAUGGGAGAGGAUAUUGUGAGGAAAGGCCGAUCCCCCCAGAAAACUACAUGAGUCCCGACUUCCUGAAAGAGUUCAUAGAGAUGUACCGCGCUCUCCCGUGCUUGUGGAAAGUGAAGUCGACGGAUUAUUUUAACAAGCAGAAGAAGAACCGGGCGUACGAGAAACUGGUGAGACUGUGCAAGACCGUGUGUCCCACCGCCAACCUGGAAUACGUCAAACACAAAAUCGCCAACCUAAGAACCGUCUUCAAAAAGGAGCUGAAGAAAGUGGAAUUAUCCAAACGAUCCGGGGCCACGGGGGAUAACGUGUACGUCCCCCGUCUCUGGUAUUUCGAACUGCUAAAAUUUACCAUCGAGCAGGAGACGACCAGCAAUCGCAUGCCCAACCUGGUGGAAAACGAAGAAAUGAUCCCUUGUGACGAGGCAGAGGAGGAGCAAAGGGCCAGCGAAGCAAGCUUUGUUGAAAUUAUUGAAAGUCCCGAUUUGUCUCAGGUGAGUAUCCACAGGCAGAACGAGGCGCUGGUGGAAAACGACGCUGAAGAAUUUAGUCUCCCAAAGAAACAAAUGAAGAGAAAACUGGGCAACGACGACCUGGAAAAACAGUUGUUGUCCCAAGCGGCGGCCAUUUUGGGCAGAGACGACGACGAGUGCGACAAUUUUGGGGUCAUCGUAGCGUCAAAACUUCGUAAAAUGGACGAGAACCAAAGACUCGCUGCCGAGAUGAUUAUUUGGGACGUGUUACAUAAAGGGAUGUUAAAGCAGCUGAACGUACAGGAUCCCAUUGGACAAUAUACGGGACCAGUACAUCACAGUUACAAAUAAAUAGUCUGGGACUCUUGGGUUCAACCAUCAGAACUUCUCCUCCGGCCGAGAUUCUGUUCCCUUUAGCGACACCAGUGUAUUGCCCAGAGAGGAUCCAGUUCAUUGACUGUAUUUAUGGAAACUGGAGACUCUGCACUUGGGGUCGAUGAGAACUGAGCUGAACUCAGAGGCUGCGUUUUAUUUUAUCUUCAGCAAUUGCAGCGAAGCCUCCGUGUUGGCUCUUUUGUAGCUCUUGGUUCCUCCCGUAGGCGCUAGUUCCACUCACACAAUGGUUUAUAUAGAGAUCAGUUUAGGAGAUUUUUAUCGAUAGUCACAAGUUUUUACUUAAUAACUUUACAUUUCUCCUGUGACGAUACAGAAACCAAUAUACUGUACGUCCCUUUGUCCAACCACCGGCUGUCUGUCCUGAACAAUGGUCUGGCACCUCCCUAACAGAAUGACAGCCAAUGGGAACAGGGAGAAAAAAGGUUCUGAAAAAGGUGAUUUUAUGGGAAAAAGAGUUACAUGAUCUGAUAUUCACAGAAAAAUUCAUUUCUAAUAUGUAUAUUAUCAUCAUCAUCAUCAUCAUCAUCAAGGGAAAGGAAGUCUUAUGUACCCUCUGAUCCUGCUAUAACCAAAAAUGUAUUAUAGAAUAUUAUCAUAUAUUAUAGUAUAUUUCUGAGAAA